AGUGCGUUCUGCCUGACGCGCAGAUAGUGGACUCAAUCCAUGAUCAAAGGACCCACCACGCGCAAAACAUGUACUUUCUGUCAAAUGUGAGGUUUCACGACUUAAUGUGAUCAUUUGAAAAUGUUCCUACUUAUUUGAAUGUAAUUUCACGCGUUUGUCAUUGUUUAGUUUUUUCUUCCUGGAGAUGGGGUGCGCAAUAUCAGGCUUGGUACCAAAACAAGUCGGGGACGUGAUUGACGAUGUUCCCAUUGUGCAUCUAACUGACGAGCACAGGGAGAUCAUCAAAGAGACGUGGAAAGUCAUCCAAGAGAACAUCGCGAAAGUUGGCAUUAUUAUGUUUGUUGGGUUGUUUGAGACCCAUCCAGAAUGCAAAGACGUUUUCUUCCUGUUCCGAGACGUGGAAGACCUGGAGAGGCUGCGGAACAACAAGGAGCUACAAACUCACGGCCUACGGAUAAUGCACUUCAUUGAGAAAAGCGUGGCCAGACUUAAUCAGAUGGAACGACUGGAUCAACUGAUCCUAGAUCUGGGCAAAAGCCACUAUCGUUACAACUCCCCUCCGAAGUACUACAUGUACGUGGGGGCAGAGUUUAUUCGAGCCGUCCAGCCAAUCCUGAAGGACAACUGGACCUCAGAAGUGGAGGAGGCUUGGAAGACGUUGUUCCUGUACAUCACCAGUAUCAUGAAGCAAGGCUAUGUGGAAGAGGAGAAGAACCAGAGGAACACCAUGGCCAACACCAGGAGAGAGAGACCAGAGAAGAGGCUCAAUGUCAUCUAGGAGCAACCUACUCUCCAGUCAACUUGUACAGUGCAUUCGGAAAGUAUUCAGACCCCUGGCCUUUUUCCACAUUGUGUUUCGUUACAGCCUUAUUCUACAAUGGAUUAAAUAAAUAAAAACAUAUCAUCAAUCUGCAAACAAUACUCCAUAAGGACAAGGCAGAAACCGGUUCAGAACUUUAUGAAAAUGUAUUUAGUAAAACAGAAAUACCUUUACAUAAGUAUUCAGACCCUUUGCUAUGAGACUCGAAAUUGAGCUCAGGUGCAUUCUGUUUCCAUUGAUCAUCCUUGAGAUGCUUCUACAAAUUGAAGUCCACCUGUGGUAAAUUCAAUUGAUUGGACAUGAUUUGGAAAGACACACACCUGUCUAUAUAAGUUCCCACAGUUGACAGUGCAUGUCAACCAAGCCAUGAGGCCGAAGUUUGGAACCACCAGGACUCUUUGUAGAGAUGACUGCCCGGCCAAACUGAGCAAUCGGGGGAGAAGGGCCUUAGUCUGGGAGGUGACCAAGAAACCCGAUGGUCACUCUGACAAAGCUCCAGAGUUCCUCUGUGGAGAUGGGAGAACCUUCCAGAAGGACAACCAUCUCUGCAGCACUCCACCAAUCAGGCCAUUAUGGUAGAGUGGCCAGACAGAAGCCACUCCUCAGUAAAAGGCACAUGACAGCCUGCCGGAUUUUGCGAAAUGGCACCUAAAGGACUUUCAGACAAUGAGAAACAAGAUUCUCUGGUCUGACGAAACCAAGAUAGAACUCUUUGGCCUGAAUGCGAGGCGUCACGUCUGGAGGAAACCAGGCACCAUCCCAACUGUGAAGCAUGGUGGUGACAGCAUCAUGCUGUGGUUAUUUUUUCAGCGGUAGAGACUGGAUGACUAGCCAGGAUUGAGGGAAAGAUGAACGGAGCAAAGUACAGAGAGAUCCUUUUUAUGUUAUUUUUUUACCUUUAUUUAACUAGGCAAGUCAGUUAAGAACAAAUUCUUAUUUUCAAUGACGGCCUAGGAACAGUGGGUUAACUUCCUGUCCAGGGGCAGAACGACAGAUUUGUACCUUGUCAGCUCGGGGGUUUGAACUUGCAACCUUCCGGUUACAGUGCAGGCCAACGCUCUAACCACUAGGCUACCCCUGCCGCCCCCACUAGGCUACCCCUGCCGUCAUCUUGAUGAAAACCUGCUCCAGAGCGCUCAGGACCUCAGACUGGGGCGAAGGUUCACCUUCCAACAGGACAACAACCCUAAGCACACAGCCAAGACAACGGCUUCGGGACAAGUCUCUGAAUGUCCUUGAGUGGCUCAGCCAGAGCCCGGACUUGAACCCAAUCGAACAUCUGUGGAGAGACCUGAAAAUAGCUGUGCAGCAACAUUCCCCAUCCAACCUGACAGAGCUUGAGAGGAUCUGCAGAGAAGAAUGGGAGAAACUCCCCAAAUACAGCUGUGCCAAGCUUGUAGUUUCAUAACCAAGAACAAGGGUGUAAUUGCUGCCAAAGGUGCUUCAACAAAGUACUGAGUAAAGGGUCUGAAUACUUAUGUAAAUGUUUUAUUUUUUUAUUUUUAAUAAAUUUGCAAAACAUUCUAUGGGCUAUUGUGUAUAGAUUGAUGAGGGUGGAAAAAACAAUUGAAUCCAUUUUAAAACAAAGCUGUAAAGUAACAAAAUGUGGAAAAAGUCAAGGGGUCUGAAUACUUUCCGAAUGCACUGUAUAUGGAUUCAUUAAGACUCAAGUAAAGCAUAGGCCAACACUACCAGGGUCGUAUUCAUUAGGGCAUCCAAUAGAAAAUGUUUUGAAAUGUUUCGCAAUGAAAAAUUAAAAUGAGUGUUUCCUAUUGGACAAGUCCCAGGAAAUCCCUGCAUAUUUCAGUCCGUUUUCUUCCAUUUUCUGCCUAAUGAAUAUUACCCAGAUGUCUGCUAGAUGGUGCGUUCAAGACAACUGGGAAUGAAUCAAAAACAAGCUCAGACUGGGAAAAUUUGUGACGUCAGUGAUCUUCAGGUUGGAGAAGUCAGAGCUCUAGGAUGAUAAUUCCGAUUGGAUGCGUUGGGUGUCUGAGAGAUUAUAGCCUCUAAUUAUUUAACCAUGAAUGUGCACUUUUCAAAAUAUAUCUCCAGUCAACGUUGUUGCUAGCACGUGCACCCAAAAUAUAGCGUACCCUCUGGGUUAACUUGGUUUGAGUUUACGAAAACAGAUUUAAUACGACUACUAGUGUCAUCCCAGAUGAGGAAUAAGACACUAUUUCGGAGCACGUGUAAUGUUUGCCUAAGUACAAAGUAAUUACACAUGCACUCUACACACACAUACACAUGGAUUUUGUAUUGUAGUUAUGUGAUAGUAGAGUAGUGGCAUGAGGGCACCCACUUAAUGUGUUGUGAAAAGUGUUAUUGAAAUGUAAAUGUCAUGUAAUAUUUGUAAUUGUAUAGAACUGCCUUAAUGUUGCUGCACCCCAGGAAGAGAAUGGGAUCCUUAAUCAAUACAAAUGACUAGUUGUUACACAGGAGUUAGCUAGUUAAAAUGAAGUGUAUCUUGAGGAGGAAUUACUUGUAAUUCAUGUUUACUUACACAGUACAUUACCCGUUCUGACAACCUUGCCAUCAUUUUUUACGUUUCUGGAAGUGCCAUCCAAGUCAGACAAUAAACACACUAGUGCACCAUAGAGCACAUUAUUUUCUUUAGAACUAUAGAGGAGAAGUAAAAGUAGUAAACUACUUAAGUAGUACUUAAAGAUUUGUGUAAUUUCAGCCAGUAGUUUUGAUAGUGGAGCUCAUGAGCCAAAAAGUGGUUCCCGUUAUUUGUGUACCACGUCAUCAAUGUCGUAUGAUAUGUUACGUCCUGCAAAAAAUCAAUAAUAAUAAUAAUUGUGUUUGUGCAAUUAGUAUGAUAAGUCAUAAAUCCAAUUUGUGCUAUACUGUAUAUUAUACAUUUGUUGUGCUUAAGAUCCUGUAGUGCAUUUUUAAGUCCCCGGUACUUUAGUUUACACCACUGCCGAUAGCAUCCAAACACCAUGUUGCAGCCUGCAUAAACAUGAUAUGCGUUAGCCAACUGAGAACCGAUCUCCUCAUUGAAACAACUCUGCUUACAUCGCCAGGUAGUAAGUUAACAACUGUGACAAAGGUUGGGAUCCCUUGUGCAUGCGCUGGGUGUCUGAGUGAUUAUAGCCUAUGUUUAAAAGGCUCUAAGUAAUUAGCCAUGAAUGUGCACUGUUCAAAAUAUAUCACCAGUCAACGUUGUUGUUAGCACUUGCCCCCAAAAUAAAGUGUAUCAUCUGGGUUAACUUGAUUGAGUUAGCGAAAAGACAUCUAAUAUGAGUAUAAUUCCAGAUUAGAAAUAGGACACUAUUUCAAAGCAUAGUACAUGUAAUGUUUUCUUUACGUACAAUGUCAUUUCUAGCUGUUACACAGGAGUUAGCUAGUUAAAAUGAAUUAUAUCUUGAGUAAUUACCUGUAAUUAAUGUGUACUUAUACAGUACAUGAAAAUGCAUAUAAACAGUCAAUGAGUUUCUACUUUAUUCAACAUGUUAAAAAAAAUCUUACAUUUGUUACAAAAUAUGGAUUUUUAUUGUAAGAUUAAUGUGAUUAAUUAGAUUAAACAAAGAUAUAAGUAAAAUAACUAUUCUAGUGGUGACUGAAAUCUGUAGCCUUUAGAAUGGUGAGUAACCUAGAUAGCUCAUUUAGAAAAACUGGAUUGUCUUGUAACAAUGGAAAUCAACAACUGUCUUCAUAUGUUUCUUUCUUGUAAGCAUUUUCCCAUCCUUUCACUUGUAUUCCAUCACUAGGUGGAGACAUUGGCCACUGCACAUCACACCCUGAGUACUAACCUGUAUGGUCUAACACUGUAUCUCCACCAGCUGAAGAGUUUGAUCUGAAAUUGUCUUCCCCAUGCCCUAUAUGAACUUGUCCAUUCCCUUUGGAUUACUCUGAAGAAGGCCGAAACAUCAAUCUUUUAAACUUGUCUAAGAAAACGAAAAAGAAAAAAAGAUGAUGAGCGAGCGUUGCACCUUUUCCUGUCCAAUGAUGUCUAGACAUUUUUAGAUUGCACCUCUACUCAUGUUGGUUGGUUGAGCACCUUUGUCUUCUGUACCGUGGAAAACAACAGAUGAGAAAUGAUGUGGAAUGUGUUGACGUGCCAGAUAGAGGCUGAAGUGUGAGGUUGGGGC